CGUAAAUUCAUAUCCCGGUGCGGGGCGCAAAGGACCCUGGCUAGCCGACACUGCGAUCCCGGCACCGUCAGUCCGUCCCUUUGAAGGCCGAGGAGCCGGAGUAGUUCCGUUGUGCAUAUCUCAGUGGAUCCUCAGACAAAACAAGAACGAUCAAAACCUAAACGGAAUCCACCAGCACGUGAUCCAUCCUCAUGCCCUCAAGGUCGUGACAGCGGUGCCAAGCAAAGAGCAGCACAUUCGCUUCCCCACACCCCUCAUCCUGGCUCGCAACUAUCCCAGUUUCCAAAUUCCUCACCGAUCCCUGUCCCUCCCUCUUCUCUAAACCGAUCCCCGUAGCUUCUCCCAUUCCAAACAAUGACCCAAAUUCUUGUUAUAGAACACUAGUAGAGAACAUUGCAUGGAUAAUUAGUAGAUAGAUUGGUCUUGGCAUUUUCUUUUGGCAGCGGGGGAGGGAGGGAGGAAGAGGAAAGGAGGGGAAGGGAUCUUGAUCCAUGAAUCGGUCCCCGUCCCUAUCGGCGAAGUGCGAGGAGAGCCAAAGCCCCCCAAGCCCGAACCCGAGCGCCCUCCGGCGAUGGGUGCUGGCCUUCUGCGUGAUCCGGUUCGACCUGGAGCAAGGGCAGACGGUGGAGGAGCUCUACCCCCCGGACUCCCUCCCCUCCGACCAGCAGCUCCUCGUCGCCUUCUCCUCCUUCCCCGACUCCAUGUCCCACCACCAUCCCCGCCAUCGCUCCUCCAUCCACGACUCCAUCUUCUCCUUCCGCUUCCCCGCCGGUGGCGCUUUUAUCUACGGCUACGUCUUCAACCGACAGCGUCAGGACGAGCGCCUCCCCCGCGGCGGGGAGCAGAAGUCGGUGGUCGUGCUCUCUCACUACCCCUAUUCCUCCGUCUUCCGGCUCCUAUUGCAGAUCCUCGGCCCCCUCUGCUUCGACAUCGGCCGCGCCGCCCUCGACCUCGUCGCCUCCCACGUCGCCGCCUGGCCUCCCCCCUCACCGGGUUCCCCCAUGGACCUCCCCAUCGGCACCGCCGCCCUCCGCGUCCACCUUCCCCCAUCCCCCGACGAUCUCGCUGCCGCCCCCUUCCCCCCCACCAACCCCUCCGUCCCCCACGGCCUCUUCCACGACGCCGACCUCUUCGCCGCGUUCCGUGGACUCCUUCUCCACCUCUGGACCCUCUGGGAGCUAAUGCUUCUCGGCGAGCCCAUUCUCGUCAUCGCCUCCACCCCUCCCCAGUGCUCCGAGGCCGUCGCCGCCCUUGUCAGCCUGGUCGCCCCCCUACCCUGCAGCGUCGACUUCCGUCCCUACUUCACCAUCCACGACCCCGACUUCGCCCGCAUCAAUUCCCUUCGCGAGGGCGACGCUUUCCCUCCCAUGGUCCUCGGCGUCACCAAUCUCUUCUUCUUGAAAUCCCUCAAGAACAUCCCCCAUGUCGUCUCGGUGGGAAGCCCGAGCCCUAAUUCCACCCGCGUGCUCCCGGUAGCCUCGCGCUCCUCCUCCACCAGCACCGGGACGAACACCAGGCCCGGAAGGCUCAACCUCGAGCAGCUCUCGCUGAACAAAUUUUCUCCUUCCAAUUUGCUGAAUGCCAUGAAGCGGAGGAGAGAGGGCCCUCUUUGCCUCAUGACGGAGCACAGGGAAGCUGUUUGGAGCACCUAUUCGGCAACGAUGAAGCCGGACACUGCAAUUUUGAAUAGGCUCAUCGAUGCGGGGAUGUCUCCAAGGAUCGAGGAGUCCAUGUCGGUCGUCAAUAAUGAGAUCCUGCGGCGGCAUUUCCUGGAGCUGACGACUAACUUCCUUGCUCCCUUUGGGCCAUACUUGAGAGCCAUCACUCCUUCAGACGGAAGCUCUCCUUUCGUGGAGCUGCCACCUCUGCCUCCUUUCCAUGCUGAUGAGUUCCUCAAUGGAUUGGCCGCGAGAGGUCCGGGGAAGUUCCUAACCAAAAGGAUGAGGUCUAAUUGGCUGGGCUUGUACAGGCGCUUUCUAGAAGGGCACAAUUUCAUGCCAUGGUUCCAAAGAAAGCGUGCUGCUGUUGAACAAGAACAACAAAGACUUUGGAGGCAGGCCCGGCUAAACACUGACAUACACAAGCUUAUAUCCAAAAUGUCCGAGGUGGAGAUCGUCGAUUCCUUUAAUGCUAUCGAGCGGCAUUUGCUUGGAGAGAUACAGUUACUGCAGUCUGGAGGUGGAAGUGCAGACUCAGUAGUGGCAUGCCAGAAACUGAAGGGAGACCUUCAGGUGGUGUUCAAUGUUCUCCCCAAGGACAUGCAACAGCUCCUGCUCUUCAAUCCUAAAAGAGCAGCUCUUCUUCAAGGUAGCCCAGAACCAAACAAGGUUCCGGGACAUCCUUCUGUACAUGGUGCCUUAGUUUCUGAAACAAAGUUGUCUUUUUUGUCACUGUAAAAUGAGCAACCUUUUUUAGCAUAGAAUUAUGGGAGCAACCGUCCAUUUUUACAAAGCAAAAGCAUUGGUGCUCCCACAGGUUGUGUUUAUUAUGUUGUUGAGUACUAAAGACUGGCUGGGGUGUUGAAGAGUGCUCCAGAGUGGCAUGUCCUCUCCGUAUAAUUUAUUUAGCAGUUUCUUCUCAUUUUCAAUUUAAUAUUUUUUGUGUACACAAAUUCCUUAGGUUCAUCAUGGAGUGGUGGUGUAGACUGAUAGCUUUAACAAAUGACAGGUGACCGCGCAUUUUCGCUUGCAUGACCAUGCUUGGAAUAAGGGACAUAUAGAGCUUGACUUGCAGUACUUGGAGUUGUUGUAUUUGCUCACAAAAAAACACUCAAAUUUAUAAUGAAUCUCAUAAUAUGUGUAUAUCUGUAUCCCAUGAAUUUUAGCAUAUAUCCCUGUAUUUUUCUUCAAAAAUGACAUGUGCAAACUAUCAUGAUUUAAAGCUUAUUCUGGCUUCUA